AUGAAGUUCUUUAUCUACACCUUGGCAUUGCUGGGCGUGGCACAGGCUGGUCUGCUGCCGCAUCUGGAGCACGAUCAUCAUCACGAGGAUCUGGCACAUUUUGUGGACGCCGAUGUGCAUCAUUCGGAUGGUGUUCAUUUGGGCCAUAGUUCGGCUAUUGUGAUCGAUGGUGCUGACCACCAUUUGGACCAUCAUCAUGCCCAUCACGCCGAUCUGCAUCAUCAUGCCCACCACGCUGACCUGCACCACUAUGCCCACCACUCGGCCCCGCUGGUGCAUCAUCAUCAUGCCGCUCCUCUGGUGCACCACCAUCACUCCCAUGCCGCCAUCGUGCACAAGACCUCCUUCCCCGCCCACCUGGAUGUGCACAGCCAUGCCAAUCUGUUGUCCUUUGCCAAACAUCAUUUGCAUGGCAAAUACGGCAAAGUGAGGAUCACCGAGACACAUUACUGA